AUGCAAGGACAAGGUACACUCCGACUUCGAGGUGGCGGAUUCUUCGGCUUGUUCAGAGUGAGUCGUGAACCUAAUCUUUCAUUCUUGUCCUACUCAUCACCUAAAUCCUAUCGGGAUGACAUCGUACUGAAGGUGAGAUACCGACUUGUUGAUCUUUCACAGCGUCGAAAUAAAAUCACUCCUAUCACCACCCCCGUCUCCUCCUCAGAGACCCAAUCCGAACUUGAGAAGCCAUAUAAAUCACUCACUCCACCCAAGCCCGAGUCCAAACCCAAAUCCAAAGGCAAAGUCAAAAAAGCCAAAACUACGACGUACAAAACUUCGACCAUUUCCAGGCGAAAUGACGGAUACGGAAGUGGAUAUGGCUAUAACGCUGGAUCCUACGCUAUAGGUUAUGGUACACCUUAUGUACCCAGUUGUCCUCCUACAGAUCUGGGUAAUGGCGGGUUUGGUCAUAGCCAUGGACAAAGCCAUGGUAGUGGCAAUGGGUGUGAUUCAAGUGGUGGUGGUGGCCAUCAUGGUCAUUCUGGUGAUUCCGGUGGUGCUGGAGGAGGUUCAUCUUGCGGUGUUGGAUCUUCAGGUGGUGGUGGUGACUCAGGCGGUGGAUCUUCCUGUGGGGGUGGCGGAUCUUCCUGUGGAGGAGGUGGGUCGUCAUGUGGUGGUGGAAGUUCUUGA